GGAUCCGCCCCAUCUCAGCCUCCCAAAGUGCUGGGAUUACAGGCCUGAGCCACCGAGCCCAGCCUAGGAACGCUCUUAUAAAAGGAGUCGUAGAUUGCAGCCUUUUCCGCCUGGCUUCUGUCCCUCUGCAGGGUGCACCUGGGAUUCAGCCACCUUCGUUCCUUUUACCCCCGAGUGUCCGUCACGUGCUGCCCUGCAGCCUGGUCGUGCCCCCACGGAAGGGCGUUUCCUUGUUCCGAGUUCUCAGUGAAUGAAGUCCCUAUAAACAGACAUGUUCAAGUUCGCUGUAAACACAGUUUUCAUUUCUCCCGGGUAGAGAACUCCGUAAGUAGGUAGGGUCGUGGAAUGUUUCGCUGUGUGAGACUCUGCCAGGAAGUUUUCCAGUGUGGUCCUGUCUUGUUCGUCCCACAGAGGAUGAGAGUUCCACUGACUCCUGGCCCUCACGGGCUCUAGGGAUUGCGCGUGUUUCUGUGGAACGCCGUCCACGGUCUCCGAGGUGUGAACAGCGGUUUCCAAAAGUUUCCAGGCUGCGUCUUCCCACCGACUGAUGCUCAGCGUGUUCUCAUCUCCCCUCCGGAUGUUUUCUUUGGAUGUCCUUAGGCUCCCUGCUGUCUCCAGGUCCUCUUCUCCUGCCUCACUCUCACUCCAGAGGACUGGCAGUGCUGGCCUCCCUGGCAGGACCCCCAACCCUGACCAGAGGUUUCUGGGUGGUGUGCUCUGAGGCCACCUGCUGCUCCUUGCCCAGUGUCCCUGGGUGCUCUGUGGGAACACAGAGAGGUCACUUGGGAGGUUCCGGCCUCUGCCAGCCUGCGGCGCCUUCCUGACGUCAUUGCCCCCCGCAUGCUUACACAACCAGUGAUAAGGUGGUAUCCAAUGCCAUAAUCCUCCCCAGGGCCGGCCCAGCCCCGUCUGGUCCUGUCUGGUCCCUGGCCUGCUUGCUGGAAGCCCAGCUGGGGGCUGCAUCGGGGGUGGUGGGGGUCUGGGGUGAGGGGUGCCCAGGCCUCUCUCACAGCGUGGGGGCACAAGCUCUGCCCUGGACACUCUGCCAGUGUGACCCUACCCACAUGUUGGUGGUGAGAGAAGGGGGCUUUCUGGGUGGCCAGACCCCAGGAGAGGGGCCUAGCCAGAGCAACCCCAGCCCAGUUGCCUGCAGCUGCACCCCAAGGGCCCUGGCUCAGCCCAGCCAGACAGGGUGUGGACAGAGGGGCUUGGGCACGAGUCCAGGCAAGCCAGGACAAGUCUCUGCUAUGGCUUGGCAGUGACCCCGUGAUUGGUGACAUGUCUGGCAGGCCUAGGGGACAAAUCCUCAGCCCGGGUGCGUCAGGCCAGAGCCUGGCUGUCUGGAGCCCUCCAGGAAAUGUCCCCCGGGGCUGGGGGACGCCCGAGUGAUUGUGUCAAACAAUGGACAAGAGGGCUGGAGUCUCGGAGCCGAAGUGCCUUCCGCUUCCAUCUGCUCCGCCCAGGAGCAGGUGCACCCAGGUGGUGGCCUGGGCUAUAAAGCUGGCUCCCUGGGGCUUGGGGACUCAGCACCAGGGGCUGGAGGGCAGGUGAGGCGAUGACGUUGUUCCUGCUCAGCGCAAUCCUGGCCCUGCUCUGGGCGCCCACGGCACAGGCUGAGGUUCUGCUGCAGCCUGACUUCAAUGCUGAAAAGUUCUCAGGCCUCUGGUACGUGGUCUCCAUGGCAUCUGACUGCAAGGUCUUCCUGGGCAAGAAGGACCACCUGUCUAUGUCCACCAGGGCUAUCAGGCCCACAGAGGAGGGCGGCCUCCACGUCCACAUGGAGUUCCCGGGGGCGGAUGGCUGUAACCAGGUGGAUGCCGAGUACCUGAAGGUGGGCUCCAAGGGACACUUCAGAGUCCCAGCCUUGGGCUACCUGGACGUGCGCAUCGUGGACACAGACUACAGCUCCUUCGCAGUCCUUUACAUCUACAAGGAGCUGGAGGGGGCCCUCAGCACCAUGGUGCAGCUCUACAGCCGGACCCAGGACGUGAGUCCCCAGGCUCUGAAGGCCUUCCAGGACUUCUACCCGACCCUGGGGCUCUCCGAUGACAUGAUGGUCAUGCUGCCCAAGUCAGACGCCUGCAGCCCUGAGAGCAAGGAGGCACCCUGACACCUCUGGAGCCCCGCCCCGGCCCUUCCCAGGUGGAGCCACGGCAGCAGGCGCCUUCGCCCCUGAAGUCGAGACCCACAGCCCUCGGGGACCACCUGGAGCCUCUCCAUCCUCCGACCCCUGCCUGUGGGAUGCCUCGUGGGACGCCUCUUUCUAUUCAAUAAACAGAUGCUGCAGCCUCAC